AUAUACUAAUACGCACGAACAGUUAAACUAGAAUCAAGUUAGAUUAGAAAAGUAAACAUCUGACUUUAUUACUUUUAUGCGUGGUACAAAAAAUAUUUACCGCCAAAAUGUCUGAAUGACGACGUCAGCGCCCCUUUACAUAGCAGAUUAUAAGAUUUGUGACCGUAAAAGGCUUGUUUACCUGCAAUGCUCUGUUUAUUUCUCUUUAAUGAAGGAAUAAUUAAUCGAUUUAAAUGCGACAGUCGUAAAUAAUGGGAACAAAAAUCUUGAAGGAUAUACAAAGUGACAUAAAACUUUUGAUCACGGUGAUAACUGAUUUCGAGGAAGAUGAAGAAGGAUUUCAAAUUUGCGAACGUUUUGCUAUAUCCAAUAUCAAACAUCAUCAAUAUCUUUCGGUCAACAGUCAUGCAACGAAACAAUCUAUCAACAAUAUUAUCACCAAAUUAUCUAUAUACGGGAAAUUUAAAGAGGCCAAAAAGUUUCAAGAACUCGUUGAUUUCUUUUUAACUAGUUUUGAUUUCGACCAUCAUCCGCAGUAUGAUUUACAAUGGUCUUUAUUGGCUUUAUUGUUAGAUUUAUCGUCUGAUAUCGAUAAAACAGAUUUGAACAAUUUAAAAUCCUUUCAAGGAGAAUUUAAUUCUAAUGUCACUAUUGCAAACGAAAAAGAUGCUAUUCAAGAGAUUGAUUGGGCAAAUUAUUUGAAAGAAGGAGAAGAAGAUUUCUUUUGUGAUUUCAAGGAUGGCGAAAGUAGUGAUGAGUGGUCAGAUGAUGCAGAAGAAGUACCAAACCUUUCUUGUGUUCCUGUUGAAACAACUUUGACAACUGUAGAUGGAAUAUUGUCUGCAGAAUCAAUAGGCGAUGUUAAAUAUAGCUCUGAUAUAGUAAUGCAGUCAUUAAUAGAAGAGGUUGAAUCAAGAAAAUGGUUGAUGUCAAACGUUCAAAAUACAUGGUGGAACGAAUCGGUGAUUUAUAAAUAUCCUGUUUGCAGCAAAUAUCCCGAUGCACAUUUCUGUCAAAUUUGGCAUGAAACAGUUCAUAAGGAUUUAUCCGAUAUUAUUUUGCUUAAUGAGUACCAAGUAUGUAAGGAAAUAUUAUGGAUGUUCCAUGUUCAGACACAGAUGACAGUGUUUAAGCAAGAAAGUGAAUUUUUAUUUCACAUUCGUCCUAAUGUAUCUAUACCAAGUUUAACUACUAUUGCUUUUCAAAAUAUGCUAUCUCCAUUUUGUGAAUAUUUGUCUAUGAUACACGAUAUAGAACAAUUUGACAAGGAGUUAUUGAGCACAGAUACAAGUUACCUAGGGUAUAAAAAACCACCAUUUAUAUACGAAGCAUAUAAUGCUGCGAUUAAAGAAAAACUCUUAAGUUUUAGAAUGGAGAUUAUAAACAUAGAGAAAGAUAUUACAGCGCAAGCUAGUAGCCAGACACUUUUGUCUUUAUUAGCCCGUCUAAAAAAGCCUUUAAAAAGAAUAAAAAUAUUGCACCAAGUUCAUAAAGUGUCUGUAUCCAACUGGAAAUUAUCAACUAAUUGGAACUGUGCGUCCAAAUUACUUUCAAACUUGCUUUUGGAAAUAACAAAUUCUCACUGUCAAGAAAAGACAAAUAUAUGCGUUAAUUUAUAUUUGUCUAUUAUUCCUGUAUAUUUGAAUAUUAUUGAUACAUUGUUAGGUGAAGGACGUUUAGAAGAUUGGAGAGACGAAUUUAUAAUAGAAAGAAUUUCAGAUGAAGAAGUUGCAAAAAAUAAAGAUCAGUGUGUAAAAUUUCUGAUAAGACCUUUGGAUGAUAUUUGUUUAAAGGAUAAUGUUAUGCAUUUACUAAUUACCAAGGUGCAACAUAUUGGACACAGUAUUGACUUGCUUGUAUCGUUAAAUCGUAUCACGGAAAUGUGGAAUGAAAAAAUGAAAUCUGAUGAAGAGAGAAUUUCACUAAAAGAUGAAUUUUAUACCUCGUUAUUGUCUGAAAUAUGCAAAUACACAACUCAAUCAGAAGAAUUAAUUGAUGUGUCGCCAUCAGAAGUAGAUGGGAUUUCGUUUAUUUCAGAGUAUGAUGAAGACUUGGAAAAAAAUAUAAUACAACAAUUAUCAGCAGUGAACAAUCCGUUUUUAAUGAAAGCCUUUAAGGAUUAUAUACCACCAGCUUUAUAUGGGCAAGAUAUGGUAGAUGGUAACAAGUGUAUAUCUGCUAACUCCUGUAACAAGCGUCGAAACAAAUUGUUUAAUAGAUUACAGGAAGUUGCAGAACACGCGUUACCAUUAAAGAAAAUUUUAGAAAAGAUAUUGUCUGAAAUUUUAGAUUUACGCUACAGUAGUGCAAGUAAGUUAGUAAAAAAUAUAAUGAUGCAGGAAUAUAAAUUGGAAGCACAUUUGAGAUUAAUGAGAUCCGUUUAUAUGAUGGAGGCUGGCCAUAUUAUGAAUAAAUUUUAUCAAAUAUUAUUUCACGAGAUAGAAACUAAUCAAAUGUGGAAUAAUUCAUAUUUUUUAUCGUGUAUAUUAGAAGAAAUACUUUCUCAACAAUGGCCAGAUUCUAGUUCACAUUGGUCUAUUAUAGUACAAGAUGUUAGUACGCAUCAAGUGGUACAUGCUGUAGAUAGUAUAACGUUGUAUUAUGCAACGGGAUGGCCCAUAAAUAUUGUCUUAAAUGAAGACAUUCUAACUAAGUAUAACGAAAUAUUUCGAUUUCAAUUGAAAUUAAAAUGGGCCUUAUGGACGUUAAAUAAUUUGAAAUUCGUGGAUCUAGAAGGUUUAAAGUCCCUACAUGUGAAAAACAAUAUUGAACACUUUCAAAUAAGACGUCUUGAGAGUUUACGUUUCUGGUUAUUGCAUGCUAUAGGAUCGAUUCAUGCUUAUCUAUCAGGACAAGUAUUACAAAGUUUAGGAUUCAUGUUCGAUCAAUCUUUAACUCAAGCCGAUAGUCUCGAUGGAGUUAUAUCUGUCCACAGAGAAUAUUUGGAUAAAGUUCACAAACAUUGUUUAUUAACGGAAGAAUUUGAAGAUCUAAUGACGACUGUUAACAAUUUAAUAGAAAUGUGUGUUCAUAUCCGAGACCGUUGGGACUAUAACAAACUAUUACAUACUGUAACGGAGUUAAGUUUAAUGGAAAGCAGUUAUAUAAAAUACCACACAUAUCUUGCAUUGACUUUACAUAACACAAUCCAACAUAAAGAUGCGGAUUAUCUGGUGGGAUUAAGUUCAGCCUUUAACUGCAGUAUGCCAAGCAUAUAAAAUAUUAACGUAUCAUAAGAUUUGUUUAUAGAUGUUAUUCUCUCAUCGUCGCAAACUGUCGUAUAAGUUUUAAAAUUACAUUAUUAAUGUAAUUAUGAUAUCAUCUUUCUUCCAUUACAUAUACUUUCGUUCUAUGUUAGUCGUCAAAUGUAAAUUAUUAUUUUGGAUAGGAAAAAGAAAAGAAAAAAAAAAAAAGACAAAAACAAAGUGUUACACUAUAGUGUACAGUGUACAGUGUAGAAAAAUUCUUUGGAAAAUUUCA